AUGCUCACUUAUGUGAAUGAAAAUCCAAAAUUCGCAGAAACCUUAAAAUAGCUAGUAGAAUGUGGAAAAGAUAGAACAAUUAGAUGGCCAGAAAUAGCUAAAGUCUUGGAGAAUAUGUUUAAUAUCACCAUUUCAAAGCCCUGUUUACUCAAACCAGCUUAUCAAUCUAUUAUCAGUCCGAAUGUGGAAUUAGAUAAGCAAUAACAUCGAUUAUUGGUUAUAACUGUAAUCAAACAUUCAGCUUUAAUUAAAUAGGCCUUGCCUGACUUUCAAAAAUUAUCAGGAAUAUAGUAAAGUGUUAUUAUAUCUUCAGAAUUUAAUCAAAAAAGUUCUAAAGUAGAAUGUAUCGUUCCUUUAAAACAGCCAUAGAAACAGGAAUCUAAGUUAGUUAGAGUGCCUGGCUCAGCUAUUUCUCGUGUGUUGUAAUGCAAAAUACUUCCAUCAGAUGAUCCCUUCACAAAUAAAUUAAAAUUUAUGUCAGAACAACUGUCUAUUUUACUUAUGAUUAGUAUUGAUUAUGAUGGAGAAGACAUAACUGAACUCUAUUCUACAGUGACUUCAAAAAUGACAAAGAAGAACUUUCACUUAUUAUUAAAUUGCAUAUCCUUCAUGUUCGAUUUAAAAUGCAUUAGUCAGGGUUAGAUAACAAGAGAUGAAUAAUUAAUGCCUGAUUAUUGGUUAUAGCCAACAAUCAAAGAGAACCAGAAAUUAAACGUUUAUAAUUAUUUCUUUGAGGAUGACAAUUGUUAAAAGUAUUAAAUGUAUUCAGAUGCAGUUGAUGUUUAAUAAGAAAUGGAAUACAAAGUGUUUUUAAAUAUAAAUCCUAUUUCUUAACCUAAAUAGUAAUCAUUCUUAAAAAGGAAUACAAAAUUAAAGACUGUGAGAGGUAGGAUAACAGUAAAUGAUAAGAAGUAUCCAAGUGAAAGAACUAUCAUUUUUGCAGAACCAGAAGAAGAAAGUGAAGAAGAGUUUUAUGACAUAAAAUUUGGUAGAAAGUAGAAUUGCAUUUGA